AUGGAUCCACAGACAGAACCACGGUUUAUCCAACACCAUCCUUCGUUUUCGAAGAUCGUGGGACGCGACGCAAGAUACCAGCUGCUGUGCGAGUCGCAGUUUCCGCUUUUCCAUGAAGCAUGCAUCUUCGACCCGCGAGACAACAGCGUCUUCGUCACGUCCAACCAGCUGCACAACGACGCCGGUCACGACUCCGCCGACACCGACAACAAACAUGUCAAGCUCACGUGCAUCCGUGACACUGUCGGAGGGGAGGCCGUGGUCCAGGAAAUCUCAUUCCCAGGGAGCGACCACGCCAUGCUCAAUGGCGGCGUCAAUUUCGGCCAUGGCACGAUCCUUCUGUGUGCGCAAGGAUCCAAGAAUCCCUCAGACAUCAGCGGUAUCAUCUCGCUCGGCAUCCCACCGCCUGGGUACGGGGCUCCGCCGCGGGUGGUGGUGGACUCUUUUCACGGGAUUCCCUUCAACUCGGUGAACGACGUCGUGGUCUCGCCGACCGACGGGUCGAUCUGGUUCACCGACCCCAGCUACGGGCAUGGUCAAGGCAUACGCCGCGCACCUCAACUGCCCAACCAGGUCUACCGUUACGACCCGCACACAAAAACCAUUCGCGCCGUUGCGGACGGCUUCGUCCGGCCAAACGGGCUAUGCUUUUCGCCGGACCUGAGGACCCUGUAUGUGACCGAUACAGGCGCCAUCCACGGCUCGCCUGACGUGCCUAUUGACCUGAGCGGACCGUCACAUAUCUAUGCCUUUGAUGUCGUUCACGUCGCUUCUGACGAUUCAGAUUCGGAAUCGUCGUCCAAGGAACCGUUCCUUGCGAACAAGAGGCUGUUUGCAUAUGCCCCCGGCCGGUUCCCCGACGGAAUCAAAUGUGACACGGCGGGAAAUGUGUAUGCGGGCUGUGGUGAUGGCGUCGAGGUGUGGAACAAGGCUGGCGUACAGAUCGGCACCAUGGCCAUUCCGGGAGGCGUUGCCAAUUUUUGCUUUGGCCGGCAAGGAGUCAUCUACGCUUGCAAUGAAACCCGGCUGUGGAAGAUCUUUCUGGAGGCUGAUACCGUCAAGGGCGCUUUGUUGGGUAUUUAA